GCGGCGGCGGGUGCUGCGGGCAUCUGCAUUCCAGGCCGGUGAGAAUGCUUCCGAGUUCCUCGCCCUUCAUCUUGACUUGGGUCUAGGUUAGCUUUCCAAAGAGGAGCCGGAGGACAAGCAGGCAUGCUCUGCUGCCGCUGCUCCUCCUCGCCUGAGACCUGUCCCUGAUGUCACAACUGGGUAACUAUGACAACCCAUCCUGGGAGCAGCUAAGCACCUCACAGAGGAGCCUAGCUGCCUCAUUUCUGAAGUGGGACUAGGAAGAGAGGAUGUACAAUUCCCUGGAUUACCUAGCCUAUCCUGUAAUCGUCUCCAAUCACAGGCAGACCACAACCUUCAGGAAGAAACUGGACCUUGGCAACUAUAUAUCUCACAAGAAUAGGAUAGAGAUAGUGAAACCUACCGUGGACACCAAACCUCCAGCGGCCCACGCACAUCACAUUUUACAGAUGAGAAAACUACAGGGUGAACAAAAGCGAAUCGACAAAAUCGAACAUGAAAACAAGCAGCUGUGCCAGAAAAUCGCCAACGCCCAUCGCGGCCCUGCCCAGGUGGAUUGCUGGAACGAGUAUUUUUCCAAGAGCUUAAACAGAGAAACAAGGAACCGGGACCUAGUGAGAAUCACCAUGGAAAACCAGGGCAUUCUGAAGAGGCUGGGGGACCGCAAACCGCACUACGACCGCAAGUUGUCCGAGGUGGACUGGCAGAAAUCAAGACGCUACAUCAGAAAUACAACAAGGUACCUUCUCUCCCGAGAUAAAUAGGUUACUCACCACGGAAAAGAUACAAGAGGAGGCCCUAGGAUGUCGUAGCCGCUUAGAAUCUCAAAGCACUCCUCAAUGGCCGGAUGCUCAAUCUUAGGGGUGCGACAAUAAAGCUUGGAAC